UAAGAUUCGUGAGAAGCCUUGUGCACUGGUAGUAAGACAACCAUCAAGCACACAUCUAACAUAAAGGAAUAAAUUGGGAAUAGCAACCAAUUCAAAAUAAAAUUAAAAGCAUACCUCAUUAAUUACACUUUUUUAUAAUCUAGGCUAGAAAUGUUCCAUUAGCUACAGGGCAAACAGCAGUGAUUGUUAAGGUGCAUGACAAGAAGCGCUUAAACAUGACUGAUUAUUUACAGAUUCAGAUAACUAUAUUUUUCAGAAUUCCUGGUAUAAUAAGAUAGUUGAUAAGCUCUCAGUAGGAGAUAAAAGGGAGCCAUUAUGUAUAAGUGAGGAGGCAGCAGCCGCUUUCAAAGUAGAGCUUUCUUGCUAAUUUACUUAAUCGAGUUUAGCUGGCAUCAGCAUCAGUAGCAGUAAGCAGCAUAGUGAUACUUUGCUGUUAAUACAGUACACAAAUUAAUUUUGUACACUUUCUUUGUAUUUUGUUAAUACAUAGCCUGGCUCAUCCCACAUCUGUGAUGUUCUCCUUUUUGAUGAGAUCUGCAGAACAUAAUGAAUGAACUGAAUGCUUGGGGUCAGAGCCUCACAGCAAAUAUUAGUCAACCUUAUAUGCUUGGUCAUGGCCACAAGGUCUCCUACUAUACCUUUGAAAAUAUCAGAGGAUGCCGAUACAAUGUUUAACAGCAAUGUCUCUCCUACAUCUACUGCAGAUGGGGAUAACAUAUCAGGUGUGGCACUGGUUUCAGACUUCGAACUGAAUGACAGAAGACAUUCGGAAGGAGACAGUCGUUUAAGAGCGGCCAGUAGUGCUUCGAAACUGGAUUGCAGAGGCACCACAGUAGAUGACCUGCCAGAUGAACUGAUGCUGGAGAUUUUCUCAUAUGUGAGCUUCAGUGAAAACAUUAAAGUUUUACAGAAUGUGUGCACUCGCUGGAGGAUUCUGGCCCAGGACGCUCAUUUGUGGCUUCAUGAGAAGUACAUUGUCAGACAGGAAACGAGUGAAGAGGAGGCUAUUGCGACAUUUUCUGCAGUGCCACAGCUGCGGACUGUGAUCCUUGAAAAAGAAGUCUCACCUGGUGUCUUCCAGGCUCUGUCUAGAAGCUGCCCACACCUCACCACUCUCGAGAUUAACUAUUGGCAGAUGCUGACUUGCUUGGAAGCAGACAACCUCUUUGCUGGCUGUAGAAAGAUCCACACAUUGUCCAUUCCCGACAAGGGUAUCCGGGCAAACGUGAGAUUCUUGGACGCCGUGGCACGGCUGGCAGACCUGCGAGUGCUGCACAUACGAGAAACUGAAGAUGCAGAGAAGGUGAUUCCACUGCGCAUUAUAGCUGAUGGCUGCCCACAUUUAAGUGACUUGGGCUUGGGGGACGUUUUUGGCCUAUGCUACCAGUAUCAAGAUGCUGAGUAUUUCAUCAGUUCCCAUAAAUGUGUGCUCAAGAGCCUGCGUAUCAGGUGGACAUCAGUCAAAGGCAGGAGUAUAGUUCCGCUGCUACUUGUGUGUGCCGACGUGCUGGAGCACCUCGAGCUGAUAAACCACCACGAGAUCAGCGUCGAGGAGGCCACAAAAACUCUCACCGCCCUGGGGAAACUCCACAACCUGCGGCGUCUCCACUUCGGUGUCACUAAUCGGGAAGUCCAACACUUGGUUCCUGCUGUGUUUGAGAAUGGACGAUUGCAGAAACUACAGCACCUUCAGCUGAGUGACAUGGUGCAGGAUGAGAUGGUGCGCGCCGUGGCGCAGCACUGCCCGGACCUACGAGAACUUGAACUGCUCAGCUGUGCGGGACACACAGAUGCUCUUUUUGAGCCACUCCACCGACUUAAAAAGCUGGAAACAGAGCUGGAGAUUGACUACUGUGACGGAGACGAGGGCGUACUGGAGAGAAUCAGUGCCCAGAUGCCAGACCUGAGGGUGGAGGGCACACUCGGGGCACAAAUCACAGAUGAUAGUCACGAUGAAUACGAGUGACACCAUUUCCAGGGUCUGCACACAGUCGGCACAUGGAGCGGGAUAGCUAUGGGAUCGACACACUGACGGAAGUUGCACUCGUGUUCUAAAGACCCUGACUACAAAACUCAGCCACUGCCUCCAUUUCCUUACUGUCAGCUUCAACAGGGCAUUGGAUGCCCAAAAUAUGGAAAUGAGAAGAGGAAAACAACUGACAAUACGUGAACAAAGAUUUUAGUAAUUGCACAUGUCUCGAGUGUCUCAGUUUUGUUUUAAAUUAUUACAUUUAAUUAUUGAUGUAUGUUACUGGAAGGUCUGCUGAUACAAAUAAAAAUUAGUUUUUGUAAUAUUACGAAUGGCAUGCAAUGUUUUUAAUACUGUGUGGCUGAAAAUAUUUCUUUCCGUGAUUGCAGAUUCCAGUUUUUGGUAUGUAGUAGUGUCUGACUACAUAUGUUGGUUACGCUAAAAGAAAACUUGUGAUUUUUAUUAUUCCUUGUGCAUUUUGUUGUGAGGUGAUGUUACUCAAAGCAACAAAUGAUAUGAUAUGAAUUUAAUCGUAAAAGUUGAUGCCAGUGAUGUGCAGGUUUGUGUUUGUGGUACAGUUUGGUAGAGAAAAAAAGGUUUGGGUCCCUAUGAUGAAUGAAGGACCUCAAAGGAUUAACAAUCUUCAGUCCUGUCUCACCAUUGAAGCUGUAAUUUUUCCUAACUCAUAAAAUCCUGUAGUUUCCAGAACAGAUUUCUGCAAGAGUGCCUCGGCUUUUAUUUUAUUUUUUAUAAAUGGCUGUAGAUGAUGUAGUGCUCCAUCUCUAAUGAUCUUGUCCUCCUUAUCAUGAUGAACUGCUGUCAGUGUUUCUUCAGGCUUUCAGAAUAUCACUACAAUCUAGAUAAAGAUUUCCAAACUUUUCAGCCUCCAUUGCCAGUUCAGACUUCCCAUAACAACUAUUAAUUAUGUCUGCUUACUUCAGUUACCGUUGUAGUCGUGGGACUGAAGACUGGUUUUACACAGCCCUCCAAGUUAGUCUCUCCUGUGGUUUCCUCUUCAUAAAUGUAUGUGUGUACCCUACACCCCCUUGAAACUGUUAACUGUAGUCAAGCCUUGGUCUUAUUCUAGCUAUUAAUACAUUUCUAUUUUCCCAGAAAAGUUUUUAUUGCUGUUACUAGUCUGUGUUGUAUACUCUUUUUACUUCUGGCAGUGUCAGUUAUCUUGCUGGCCAAAUACCAAAAUUCACCUGCUGCAGGGUGACCAGUAGCAAAUGGAUCAUCUUCAAAUGAGCGGUAUGUUAAUAUUUAAGAAAAGAAAAAGCUUAUUUAUUCAAUAUCAGAAGUUAAUGUUUUUUUUAUUAUCUAUAUGGCCACUUAAAAAAAUGUCCAAGUGGCAGCCCUUCUCUUCAACACAAUUUUCAAGUCUCAACUAGAGGUUACUUAUAACUCAGGUAUUGGUCAAUAAAAUCCGUGCUGGCACCCGAACAAUUGUAAUAGUCGAUGCCGAGACACUCAGCCAGUUGUAUGAGUUUCAAAUUCUGGUGUUCCAGGAACGAAUAAACAUUUAUUAACCAAAUAAACACAGAAUAGAUAAUGGAUAAGACCUGAGGCUAGUUACCACUAGAGAAGAGUUUGACAAGAACUGUCUAUAACUGCCAACAAAUUAUCAUCAUAAAAUAUUCAUAAAAUGUCAAUGUACACAGAGAACAAAACAAAAUCCAGUGCCUGUCACAACUGGUGUAAACACAACAGCUGACAGUAAGUGACAAUCUCGGUCACUAAGUCAGCCCCUCAGCAGAAGUGGAGUGCUGUCAAAAAAUCUCGCUGGUAAAUGCACUCGGCAUAUGGAGUGUGUUCUGCAGUCAGGUAGCAGGUCUAGUGUGAGUGGAUGCUGUUACACUCAAAUAGUUGAACAGAAUGGGUAGUGCCUUGAAAGGAGGUUAUGAGAUGCAUACCAACAAAAGCAAAAUAAUAUUAAUAACUGGUGAUGCAGAAAGGAUGUACGUUUUUAGAACAGGCAGUAUUCAGGCUCAGGUAGUAGGAGAGUGGGACUGAUGUGGUCAUAUAUUUGGUAGCUCCUGCCAUUUUGUUUAGUUGGGUCACGGAGCUGCGGACUGUGCAGCAUCAUGUGUUUGCUUAUGAUAGUUUUGUGGGCAAUAAUGAGUCUACCAUUGCAGUUCAGCACGAGUUUUGUCACCAUUUCAAUCAUGCGAGACAUUGUGAUGUAACAAAAUAAAAGUGAUGUUGUUAUUCAAUUGAAAA